CAUUUCUGUCACUCGCCCACAGCGCUGCAGUGCAUACCUGGCUAGGCUGCAAAUGGCCACCACCAUCACCGACGCCAUGGCCAGCGCCUACGCCCUCGGUGCACUCUGCCGCCCCCCAACCUCAAGCGUCCGCUUCAUGCCCCUGCCCUCCCCGAGCACCGCCUGCACCGUGCGCGCGAUUCGCGCAGGCAGCCUGACGCAGCCGCUGGGCAUCUUCCUGUCGGGCGGCGGGGCGCAGCCGACGAGAAUACCAGUGUUCACGUUCCUCGUCGAGCAUCCUUCCGGGCGGCGCAUUCUCUACGACCUCGGCGUCAAGGCCGAUCUGGACGACUACGCGCCCGCUCUACGGCGCGAGUUCGGCUCCUGGGUGCAGGUCACGCCGCCGCGCGCCCCACUCCCCGCCGUGCUCGAGGCGCAUGGCGUGCAGCCGGCCAGCGUCGAGGCCGUCGUGCUGAGCCACGCGCACUUCGACCACGUGGGCGACAUUGGCCUGUUCCCCGCCAGUGUGGGCGUGCUCCUCGGCCCCGGGGUGAAGGCGGACAGGCUGCCUGGCUUCCCGCACAACGCCUGUUCACACGUCAACGACGCCGAUCUGCCAGCGCGCGCGCGCGAGGUCGACCCCGCGGACGUGGUGGAUAUCGGCGCGUUCAGAGGCGUCGAUUACUUCGGCGACGGGUCGUUCUGGGUGCUAAGUGCCGAGGGGCACACGCCAGGCCACCUCGCCGCGCUGGUACGCACAAGCGCCGACAGCUGGCUCCUCCUCGGCGGGGACGCAGCGCACAUGCGCGCGCUGUACUCGUGCUGCCGAGGCACAGCGCCAGUGCACACUGUCGGGGUGUUCACCCCGCCCGACGGCGACGCGCCAGCAACGCUGCAUGCCGACCUGGAGACGGCGUACGCGACCAUGGCGGCGGUCGCGCGCAUGGAGGAAGAGCACGACGUGUGUGUCUUUCUCUCGCACGACCGCGAGUGGGAGGCCGUGCUGGACGCUGCUGUGGGCACUGGGUGGGAGGUCGCGGACGCCAGUGGCUGGCGUGCGCGCGGGUGGAAGGAGGCCGUCGAGGCUGCGCGGCGACAUGUGUAG